AUGCUGCUCCCAACAUUCAUCAUCGCCCUAGUCUCAUUCUCACUUCUCUAUCCCUUCUGGGUGUAUUUCUUUGCCCUCAGGGGUCUCCGCAGAUUUCCGGCUCCCUCGUUCAUUGCCGCUCUGAGCCCGUUAUGGCGAAUUUAUCAUAAUUUUCGCCUGAACCAGUUUGCAGAAAUUCACAAAGCACACGAUAGACUAGGCACACAUGUCCGGAUAGCACCGAAUCAUAUCUCGAUCGUUGCACCAGAAGCGGUAGAUGAAAUAUACGGCCAUGGCGCCAAUUGCCUUAAAGACAACUGGUACGACGGUGGUGCUGGUGAAGUUCGUACCAUGGCCGACACUCGCUCAAAAGAAGAACACCAAUCCAAACGGAAAAGGAUGGCGCAUAUCUUUUCGCAGAAGAGCAUUGCGCAGCUGGAGCCUCUGAUAUCCGAGCGCGUUGAUUGCCUUUUCCAGCAAGUACUGAAAGCAGCUCAAUCAUCAUCGUCCAUCAAUAUCCGGCGAUAUGUCAACUACUUUACCAUCGAUGUCAUCACCGCCAUCAUGUUCGGACAACCAGCUAGGACACUUGAGCAAGGUAAUGACAACGUUCAAGCGGAAACCAUUGACGGCCGGAUCUACACGGCACCGAUGAUCCAGUCAUUGCACGACAGCAUGCGAAUGACGGUUCCCGUUGGUUACAUCCCAGCACUGCAUUCCAUCCGCGGCUUUAUCUUCAAGUUACAUCCAUUGUCGAGCUCGGCCAAGCGCUUCGAGGACAUCGUCCGACACUUCGUGAACCAGGGUCUAAGCACCUUCACCAACCUCGAGGCCGGCGAAACACCGCCGACACACUUCCUUUCACAGGUCGAACAUGACAAGAACGGCCAACGCCGUAAUUUACCGAUCGGCGAGAUUCUUGCAGAGUGUUCAGGGAUGAUUAAUGCUGGUUCUGACACUACCUCGACAGCGCUCACGAACUGCAUCUGGCUCCUCAGUCAGCCAAGACAUCAAGAAUUUCUGGCCAGACUUCGGCAGGAAAUUGCGCCUGUUUUCACAGCCUUGAAGGAAACGCGCGUUCCCUCAUUCGACUCCUUGGCCGGGUUGCCUUUCCUGCGGGCCUGUAUCGACGAGACGCUCCGUCUGCGUCCCUCAUCCGCCUUCGGACUCCCCCGCGAGGUUCCUGCAGGUGGCAAGAUGAUUGCCGGGCAAUUCAUCCCAGGCGGUACGAGCGUGAGCGUGCCUACCUACUCGAUACUCCAUGACAAGGGAAUUUUCCGCGAGCCGGAAAGGUUUUGGCCUCAAAGAUGGACCGAUCCAGAGAGUGCUGACAACUUAGCACUGAUGAAGAAAUAUCACGUCCCCUUCAGUACGGGACCGCGCGCGUGUAUAGGCAGGAAUGUGUCAUACUUCGAGAUGACGUUGGUGGUGGCGGUACUAGUACAUUAUUUCGAUUUCGACUUUGUUGAUCCUGCGACCGUGGACCAUUAUCGUGUGUUGGAGAGGUUGAAUGCCAAUCCUGAUGAGUUGGUCUUGCUGCCGAAAUUGAGGGUUUGA